CAGAAAUAUAAACGCAAGAUGGCUUUGCCUUGAUGAACAAUGACUUGAAAUUCUGCAGAAACGCAUUAGCUGCGCGAUAUAGUGCCCUGGUCUACGUCCAGUUUUUCUGGUAGCUAUGUCUAAUGAUCGUAUGGUAUAACCAGUAGGAAUAAACAUGGCUAAUAAACGACCAAACAACGAACCCUCUGGGUCAGGGGAACCCCCUACCAAGAAGAAGAUGUUGACAACUUUUGAGCCUGUCCAGUUGGGUCCCAUCUAUAAUCUUGAGGAUCUUGACUUCAAGACGCUCCAGUUUCAAAACAAGCGGCUUGUUGAGAGGAUCGAGCAACGGCGUAAAUGUGAAGACGACUUGAGGAAGAGAAUCGAGCAACUAGAGAAGCGACAGACCACGGACGAUGCUGUUCUCAUGAUUGUUAACAGAUACUGGAACACUUUAGAUGAAGACAUCCGAGUUCUUCUCCAGCGAUUUGAUGCUGAGACAACCGAUGAAGCAGAAAAUGAGAAUGAGAGCAGUGAACUGACAUCAUUCUUGGCUUUACUGUCUACCUGGGAUAAAGUAGAACUGGAACAGCAGCUGUACCAGCGAGUGGAGUUCUCAAAGCGCGCCAUCCGCAAACUUCUGCAGGCAUUUGACCGUCUGCAGCAGAGGAAUGAGAAGCUGCAGCUGUCAAUGGCUGACAAAGUUGACCGGGAAGAGGAAAAGAGUUCAGAGAAGAAAGAUGAUAACAAAGAUGAGAACAAGGGUAAAGAGGACAAAGCCGAAGGAACGGUCAAAAUGGAGACGGAUGCUGACGGUGUGAAGAAGGAAGGGGAGACAACUGUGAAGAAGGAACCAGGAGAGACAGAAAAUGGAAAGCCGGCAGCAGAAAACAGUGUCAAACAGGAACCCUCCUCAGGUAUAAAAACUGAGGUGAAGGAGGAAGUUGGGGAUGGUGACAGUGAACAGAAGAAAGAUGAAAAGAAGAAGAUAACAGAGAUGAUGAAGAAAGAGAUUGCUGAAUUCAGGGAGGAGAACAAACGACUUCACAAUCUGACAACAAAGUUACACCAGAGACAUCACGAGACAACACUUAAGUUGUCAGAGCUUCAGGACAAGCUGAUGGCUGCAGAGACCGGGCUGGCCGAGGCCAAGAACAAGGUAGAGGAGCUGGAGUAUAACCUGGAGAACUCCGCCCAGCAGGUGGACAAGUAUGACAGACACCUGGCUGAUGCCAUGCAGAAACUCCACUCGUAUGAGGAGUCCACCAUCAUACAAGUGGAUGGGAAGAGCAUCGCUGGGGUCUCCAAGACCAGGGUAGAUGAGAUUGUGCAUGAGUUGGAGGAGCAGCGAGAAUUGGCUCAGACGAGGAUGACAGAGCUGGAAAAGCUGCAGAUAGAUCAUCAGGAGGCGUGUAAAACUGUGGAGCAGCUCAAACUAGAUCUGAAAACAUUGCCUGAGUCAGUGAUCUCUGAGACAACAGAGUACAAGUGCCUUCAAUCGCAGUUCUCGGUGUUGUACAAUGAGAGCAUGCAUAUCCGCACCCAACUUGAUGAUAUGAGGGCGCUGCUUCAGAGCAGUAAAACCUCACACCUACGACAGAUAGAGCAGAUGGAGAGCGACGAGUUGGCAAUCCAGAAGCAGAUUCGUACGGAGAUGAUUCAACUGCAGGAUACGCUGACCCAAGUGAGGAAGGAGUAUGAGAUGCUGAGGAUUGAAUUUGAACAGAACCUCACUGCUAACGAGCAAACAGGACCGAUCAACCGUGAGAUGAGGAACCUGAUUCAGAGCUUACAGAACCAUAAUCAGCAGCUGAAGAAGGAAGUGAGCCGCUCCAAGCACCGGUUGAAGGAGGCUCAGACAGAGAUAACCAAGUUAAAAGCUGAGGGAGCCACGACCGAAGGGAAGGACGAUGUGAGCCAGCCAACAACGGCUCCUAAGGUGGAGGAGGCAGUAGUGAUCAAGAAAGAGGAGGAGGAGCGCGAGGAGGUGGAGGUGCGGGAGAAGGGCAAGACAGACGCAGACAUCAUCAAGGAUCUCAAGUCACAGUUCAAGAAAGCUCAGGAUUCUCAGAAAGAACUGAAGCUGUUACUAGACAUGUAUAAAAGUGCUCCUAAAGAACAAAAGGACAAAGUUCAGUUGAUGGCAGCCGAGAAGAAGGCCAAACAAGAAAUAGAGGAUCUAAAGAAUGUGAUUCGCAAGAUGCAGGAAGCCGAACGGAAGGAGAAGAGAAAGUUAGCUGAUGAGGAUGCGAUAAGGAAAAUCAAAAAGUUAGAAGAAACCAUCAUAGAACUACAGAAGAACUUGGCUGCUCAAAAACAGAGAGAAGAGGCCCUGCUGAACGAGAUGGAGGUCACCGGUCAGGCGUUCGAGGACAUGCAGGAACAGAACAGUCGACUCAUCAUCCAACUACGGGAGAAGGAUGACGCAAAUUUCAAACUCAUGUCAGAGAGGAUCAAGUCAAAUCAGAUCCAGAAGAUUCUGCGUGAGGAAAAGGAUGUGUUGGCCGAGCAGGUAGCGACAUGUCAGAGUCAGGUAGAGGCUCAGAAUCUGGUUGUCAGGAAGCUGGAGGAGAAAGAGAGGAUACUACAGACCAACAUGGCCACUGUGGAGAAAGAGCUCAGCCUACGUCAGCAAGGUAUGGAAAUGCACAAGCGUAAGGCCCUGGAGAGUGCGCAGACGGCAGCAGAUCUCAAACUUCAUCUGGACAAGUACCAGUCACAGCUGAAGGAGGCUCAGGAAGCUGUUGCUGAUAAAACAGCCGCCCUUGAGCAGGAGUCCUUCAAACAAAAGAGGAACCAGGAAGAAAUAGCUCGGUUACAGAGAAAGCUUGAGCGACAGAAGAAGAUUGAGAUUACAGGAGCUGCGGAUGAGGUCCUCAUGGAAGAGAUUAAGGAAUACAAGGUAAUCACAUGUGUACCAUUAUGGGGAGGUCAGAUGUUUGUACUGGUUGUGAUGUUUAUGCUGGUUGUGUGA